CCGUGUUAAUACAGUGUAUCUCCGUGUACACAAGUGUAUUUUCACUACUGCACCGUGAGGGCAUUGUGUCUGGUAGUGGUUUGUUUGCUUCUAAGGUCAGAACAGGCUUUACCGUCUCCAGCGGAGUAACCAUGCCUGUUUCAUACAACUGCAGGAUGAAAACGACCCAGCAUCACCUCAGCCGUCUGUACGAUCUCUACGGAAGGCUGGUGGCGCGUAAACCCGUCCCUUUCCUGAUAAGUUCUGUACUACUCGCGGGCAUUUGGGGGAUCGGUUUCAUAUUCAUUCAAGCCGAAUGGGACAUUCUGUAUUUGUUCAGCCCCGAAAACGGACGAACGAGCCAAAACCAAGCAGUCAUUCGUCGCUGUUUCCCUACCAACUAUUCCGAUUUCUUACCGGACAGACAGACGGACGAUGGUAACUUCGGCAAAAUCAUCGUAUCAGCAAAGGAUGACGACAACAUGUUGAAUUGCGAACUUGCAAGAAAAGUACAGACAAUGCACCAAGCAAUAGUGACAAUGCCUGUUAUUUAUGGUGGACGUAGCCUGACCUACGAAGAUCUAUGCGCGAGGAGAAGUAAAACGUGUGUCUAUUCUCCUCUAGUCGAUCUGAUAAGGCAGCAAUGCCAGGGGGAUUUCGGGACAAUGAACAUCACCUUCCCAAUAGUGAGCUACCGCGAGAAUGUUUCCAUGUUUACCGGCCAUCAGAUCGGCGGGGUUGAAUUUCUCUCAGAAGGAGGAACACUGGAACGAGCGAGAGCUUUUCAGCUAUCUUACCAUCUCCAACAUGAUGAAGGAGGCAAAGCUCAAAAAUGGGAGCAGGCCUUCACUCGCAAAGUGUUAGAACUUUCCACAGACAACAUCACUGCGGUGCCUCUUACAUCCAGAACACUUGAAACAGACAUUAUGGACACGACCGUUGCCGUUGUUCGCCGAUUUACACUUAUGUUUGCCCUCGUCAGUAUGGUGUGUUCUAUAUCAUUAAGCGCAGACUGGGUUCGAGCCAAAGUGUUGGUCGGAAUGGCCGGUCUGUUGGCCCUGGCACUAGCUUUCCUGUCGACAUUCGGGAUUCUGCUCUGGUCGCGGUUCAAGUUUAUCUCUCCAAUUGGUCUCAUUUCCUUUCCUAUGUUAGGACUUGAAGCGACAAACAGACUACACCUGGCCACAUCGUGGUGGCGGACAGACGAGACCGCGGCGGUACCAGAGCGCCUGGGGCGGACCCUCCGCGAGACCGGGGUGCCCAUGACCUGUACCGCGGUCAUACUGGCCGUCACCUACGGAGUCAGCAGUGUUACAGACUUUCCAGGGUUAAGAACCUUCUUUCUUUUCUCAGCUCUUGUUACUGUCUUCGUGCUUCUUUAUCAGUGCACUUUUCUUGUGGCAUUGUUUGGUUUGGAUGGACGAAGAGAAAAGUUAAACAGGCAUGCGUAUGCAGUGUGCAGAACAGUGUUGCCGAGGUCCGAAGCAAGUGACAAACCAUUGAUUUACAAAAUCUUCUGUGCUGGGGGACAUUCUGUGCAUGAUGCAGAACCAUGGCAAGCAGAUAAGAGAAGUCUUGCAGGGCUUUUGCACAGAUGCAUUGAUACAUUUCUAGCUAUGUCUGUGGGGAAGGUUCUGGUCGGAAGUUGCUAUCUGAUAUACAUCGGUGUAGGUGUGUGGGGUUGUCUUAAUCUAAAGAUAGAUUUUAAUCUACGCAGUGUUGUCGCAGACGACUGUGUCUCAGCUACCUUUUACAAUGCCGAAGAGCGGUUCUUUGGUAAGUUCGGCCCACCCGUGUCUGUUGUCGUUGUGAAUGGAAAUGACUAUUGGCGUGAGGAGUCUUUGAAUGGCUUACUCGAGCUAAAGGCCGACAUGGAACACAGCAGGUACAUGUAUAAUAUCAACGAGACAGACGAAGGGCGGUUUUGGUUGUCGGAGUUUCUCAGCUUUGUCCGUUCAGCCGGUGUCCCAGCUGACAAUCAAGACAAGUUUAUGACCGUGUUGAAGUCGGAGUUUUUGCCUGAUAAGUUGCAUUGCCCAUACGCCCCGGACGUCGUGCUGGACAAUACCACAAUAUUGUGCUCCCGUUUCGUCCUUCAGACAAGGGACACCUAUAAAUUCCGAGAUAUCGUUAAAGCUGUUCAUGAGUUUCAGGAAACCAUACAGAAAUACAAUGUGGACGCUCUGGUGUUCCAUUCGUCAUUUUUCUUCGCCGACAUGUUGACACAGAUAUUUUCAGAAGCGAUUAGAUUCUCCGUAGCACUGGGAGGGAGCUUAGUUGGAUUUGUCUUUCUCCUUACUCUUAAUCCAAUAUUGGCCUUGUUUUCGGCCAUGUCCUGUGCCUCCAUAAGUAUUGGCAUCGUUGGUUUUUCUGUACUCUGGGGAAUUACACUUGACAUCAACAGUUUCAUGUCAUUUGCCCUAGCAGCUUCAUUCUCGGUUGAGUACUCCCUGCGAUUCUUGCUACUGUUUGUUAGUGUUCCUACCGCUGGCACGAAGCAGACAGCUAUGUCCUCAAUAGCAGGGCCUGUGUCACUGCAACACUUCGUAGCGACGUUAUGUGCGGUCGCCGUUCUCUCUACAUCUGACACUGCGCUGUUUCGAAACUAUUUCAAAAUUCUAUUCUUCACGAUUCUAUGUGGUUCCGUGCAUGCUCUCUUUUUUCUUCCGGUAUGUUUGUCUUCAAUAUGCAAUAAACUGCACUGUACUUGGGCUCCGAGAAAUGAAUCAUCUUAUGAAGUCAAUGGCACUGUAAGGAGACAAAAUUCAAGACCUAGUCUUCACUAGUCCAUAGAUUAUGUAAUUGUUUUAAUUUUUAAUCGCAAUGUAUCCGUGCCUUAAGGUUAUACUGUGUGCCCCAGAAGGCACAAAAUACAAUCUCAUUUGCUAUCCGUAAUUAAAAUUCUUCUCGAUCACUUUGAUAUUAGUAACCGCUCGUCUGUAUGGCCUAAAUGCUUCUAACGCUCAAGCGAGACCAUGUACUGUUAUCAGCAAAAAUGUGGUGCUAUUUUGAUAGAUCAUAAUAGUUACGUAUAUGAGACCCAUUUUGCAGCACCUUAGAUUUGUUAAUGUAUGAAUUUGUGGAGAUCUCAAGUUGUUUAAACCAUUAUGACACUUUACAACAUGUUAUAUGUGAUGAUUAUGUCCGAACCUGAAGAGGUAAACGGAAAUGUCACGAAUCACCUCCUGUUGUUUGGUUACUGCACCUAACUCCAUAUGUAUGUAUUGAUGCAUAAAAAUAAAGCUACAAGCUAAGAUUUGUGUUUCACAUACCUCUUGAGUCUUUGUUGACCACCACAUUGCAAGUUUUGACAUUGUCAUAUUUGUAUAAUCAAUGUAUUUUGUACUUUGUAUAAUCCCCACAGUUAAUGCCACCAGGUACCUCACGUUCCUGACGCCUGGUCUCCGAUACUCGAUGUACUCUCAUUUUGGUUUGCUGAAAUUCUAUCAUUUAAGGACUCUAAUGAAGUCUUCCAAACAAUUUUCGAUAAGAAAAAUCAAACUGUCGAGAAUUUCAAGAAGCCUUCAUCCAAUCUAAGAACUGAUCGACAAAAAGGGGAAGGUUUAUUUCAUACAUUCAAUUUGUUUCUGCGUACCAAGUCCAUGGGUCAUCACUGACUUCCAACUGCCUGGCGUGUUACAGCCUUCAACUGCAAUUUACAGUUCCAUUCAUUUUGU